AAGAUAAAAUAUUACUAGACUAAAUUUUUUCUAGAAAUUUAUAAUGCUAUUAUAAAUAACAAGUUUAUGAAUAAUUAGUAAAAUAAAAAUUUCGUUGUAAGGUUCAUUAUUUAAUGUACGAAAUAAAAUAUAUUAUCUACUUCGAACAGCAACAUUUUAAAAUAUAUGUUUUUAAAUUCGUAAAUAUAAAUAUAUAUAUUAAUUCCUUUUUUAAUAAUACUGAACAAUGAAGUACAAAUACAGAAAAGCAUUAAUUUUCGUAUACUUUUCAAGCUAUUACUGCAGCUGUUUUGGUUCCUCAAGUGGAAAUUCUUCUAGGACAGAUUUUAAAAAUGAAUCUUCAACUGAAAUUAAUGUGGAACAAUAUGUUCCUUAUGGGCCUUUAGUUAAAUGCUCAUUUUUACCUAUGGAAUUCUUAGAAUGUGAGUAUCCAGUUAACUAUGAUGGCAACAAAACUGCAAGAGAUGAAACUGGACUUGGUGGUUGUUUAAAAUUUGGUGGUAGCUAUAGAUAUGAAGAUGUUGAAAAAGCUGUAGCACAAUGUGUAGUUUUACCUGGAAUCGAAUGCCAUGGAGCAAAAACUUUUUAUAGAGAUGGGUUUCCUUGCGUAAAGUAUAAUGGUUAUUAUUUUCUAACGACACUUUUAUAUUCAAUACUGCUAGGAUUUUUAGGAAUGGAUAGAUUUUGUUUGGGUCAAACUGGUACAGCUGUUGGAAAAUUGUUAACAUUAGGAGGUGGUGGCAUAUGGUGGAUUGUCGAUGUAAUACUAUUGGUAACUAAUCAACUUUUACCGGAAGAUGGAAGCAAUUGGAAUAAUUAUGUUUAAUGUUUAUUUACUCUAAAAUAAGUUUCAUAAAGAUUGUAUAAUAAAUUAUUAUUUGAGUUCUUCAAAAACUUU